UUGGGCGGCGGCGGAGCAGCGGCGAGCGAGGGAAGAUGUCCGGGCGCGGAAAGCAGGGCGGGAAGGCGCGCGCCAAGGCCAAGUCGCGCUCGUCGCGGGCCGGGCUGCAGUUCCCCGUGGGCCGCGUGCACCGGCUGCUGCGCAAGGGCAACUACGCGGAGCGCGUGGGCGCCGGCGCCCCGGUGUACCUGGCGGCCGUGCUGGAGUACCUGACGGCCGAGAUCCUGGAGCUGGCGGGCAACGCGGCCCGCGACAACAAGAAGACGCGCAUCAUCCCCCGCCACCUGCAGCUCGCCAUCCGCAACGACGAGGAGCUCAACAAGCUGCUGGGCAAGGUGACGAUCGCGCAGGGCGGCGUGCUGCCCAACAUCCAGGCCGUGCUGCUGCCCAAGAAGACCGAUAGCCACAAGGCAAAAACCAAGUGAAACAUCCUCGAGGAGCUUUCCCAUCUCAAAAGUAACCCAAAGGCUCUUUUCAGAGCCACCCACUUCCUCAUAAAAGGAGCUGUACAUCCUAGUGAAAAAACAAACUUUUUAAAACCUCCAUCCCUUCUAAAAAAAAGAGAAACUAAAGCAAACACCCCAAAUUCCUUUUUCUUAUUAGCUCUUAAAAUACCCGGAAAUAAAGCACCCCAAAGACUUGGUAUUUUAGCUCUUGAAUUGGUAUUAAAAUUUUGAAAAACCCGCUGUAUAGUAAGGUGUGGCUGAACAUACGCUUGCUAAGUUUAACGUGAUGUAUUUAAUGUGAAAUAAAUCACUUUGUGCGGGUGGGGGUGAGAAAAGGUUUUUUUAAGACUGUGGGAAAACACCGUCCUAUCAUGCCUCUCCUUUUUCAGGUCGGCCCUGUGUGUAGCUCAGGUACUUCACCGAUGUCUUUAAAAAUAGCCUUGCGCCUUCUAAACAACUUUAGGACCUAG